AUGAAGAGAGGAAGGAAGAGAGAGAGAGCGAGCGAGCGAACGAGAGAGAGAGAGAGAGAGAGGGAGAGAGAGAGAGAGAGAGGGAGAGAGAGAGAGAGAGAGAGCGCAGUGUCUCAGUCUCCCUCGCUCACUUAUAGGGAAGUGUGUUGAGGGGCAUCGGGAAGGCAGGGCGAGGAUGUGGGGCUGGUGCAGAGAUUAGAACCAGAUAUCCCCAUCUAUCUCCAACUACAACCCGCCUCAAUUCCGCGCGCGCGUGUGUGUGUGCCGUCCUGUCCUCCCUCCCUCUGUGUGUGAGUGUGUGUGGUGCACAGUCUGCACCUUCUCCCCCACCCCCACCCAUUCGCCGAGUUAUCAGCUUCCCCGUCCCCCUGGGUCACUUGCCGUACUGUCAGGAGCUCUGAGGCGCCGAGUGCUGGUCGCGCACUCACUCCUCCGGCCCGGGCCGAGCCAUGGAGCGGCGGCGGAGCGCGGCCGCCCUCCUCCCGGUGGCAUUUCUCUGUCGGACCUAUCCCUAUUUCUGCUGCCUGGUCUGCUGGAUACUAAAGGGGUGCAACGGGGCCGCGGGACACAACCAAGUUAAUUUACUAGACUCCAGAGCUGUAAUGGGAGAGCUGGGGUGGAUAGCCUACCCAAAGAAUGGGUGGGAAGAAAUCAGUGAGGUUGAUGAGAAUUACAGUCCCAUUCACACAUACCAAGUGUGCAAUGUAAUGGAGCAAAACCAGAACAACUGGUUGCAGACUAACUGGAUCUCCAACGAAGGGGCCAACCGCAUUUUCAUUGAGCUGAAGUUCACAUUACGGGACUGCAACAGUCUCCCUGGAGGCCUUGGCACUUGUAAAGAGACAUUUAAUGUGUAUCAUUUUGAAUCAGAUGAUGAUGAUGGGAGAUACAUCAGAGAGAACCAGUACACUAAAAUUGACACAAUAGCAGCAGAUGAAAGUUUCACAGAGCUAGAUCUCGGAGAUCGAGUCAUGAAAUUAAACACAGAGGUCCGUGAGGUUGGCCCCCUGUCCAAAAAGGGAUUCUACCUCGCCUUUCAGGAUGUUGGCGCCUGCAUUGCUUUGGUCUCUGUGCGGGUGUACUAUAAGAAGUGUCCAUCUACAUUCCGAAACCUUGCUAUUUUUGAAGAUACGAUCACAGGAGCUGAUUCAUCUUCACUGGUGGAGGUGCCAGGUACAUGUGUCAACAAUUCAAUAAAAGAUGACACUCCAAAAAUGUACUGCAGUGCUGAUGGGGAGUGGUUGGUUCCGAUUGGGAGGUGCUUGUGCAAAGAAGGCUAUGAAGAACGAGACAACACUUGUCAAGUUUGUCAACCAGGAUUCUUUAAAGCUUCACCAUAUAGUCCAUAUUGCAGCAAGUGUCCUCCCUACAGUUAUACGUAUGAUCGGGGAUCGAUUCUGUGUCAUUGCAUGGAAAACUACUUCAGAAGAGACAAUGACCCACCUUCAAUGGCCUGCACAAGACCACCAUCAGCCCCACAGAAUGUCAUCUCCAACAUCAAUAAUACCAGUGUGAUUCUGGACUGGAGCCCCCCUGCUGACGCAGGAGGGAGGAAGGAUGUGACGUAUCUAGUGGUCUGCAAGAGGUGCAGUGUGGAUUUGAUUGAGUGUGAUGAGUGUGGCGGUGGAGUGCGAUAUAUCCCUCAGGAGACCGGGCUGACGAACACUUCAGUGAUGGUGGUGGAUCUCCUGGCUCACACCAAUUACACCUUUGAGAUUGAAGCAGUGAAUGGAGUGUCAGAGCUCAGCCCCGUCCCGAGGCAGUUUGUGUCUGUAAAUGUCACGACAAAUCAAGCAGCACCUUCACCGAUUACUGUUGUCAAAAAGAAGAAGGUGGCCAAAAAUAGCAUCUCCUUGAUGUGGCAAGAACCAGACCGACCCAAUGGAAUCAUACUGGAGUAUGAGAUCAAGUAUUUUGAAAAGGAUCAGGAGACUAGCUACACAAUCAUUAAAUCCAAAGAAACUGAGAUCCUGGUCGAUGGUCUGAAGCCCACAACAGUGUAUAUCUUUCAGAUACGAGCCCGGACAGCCGCAGGAUACGGGGGCUACAGUCGGAAAUUUGAGUUUGAAACCAGCCCAGUUUCCUUGCCAGCCGGUGACCAGAGUCAGGUGCCAAUCAUUGGGGUGUCUGUGGCAGUGGGUAUGAUCCUGGUGGCAGUCGUGUCCGGACUGUUGCUUAGUGGAAGGCGAUGUGGGUACAGUAAAGCCAAGCAGGAUCCGGAAGAGGAGAAGAUGCACUUCCACAAUGGUCACAUUAAAUUACCAGGAAUAAGAACAUAUAUUGAUCCUCAUACCUAUGAAGACCCAAGUCAAGCUGUUCACGAAUUUGCCAAGGAAAUCGAUGCAUCAUGUAUAACCAUUGAAAGAGUCAUUGGAGCAGGUGAAUUUGGUGAGGUUUGUAGUGGUCGUCUGAAGUUACCUGGGAAAAGAGAGUUUCCGGUUGCCAUCAAAACUCUAAAAGUUGGUUAUAUGGAGAAACAGCGCAGGGAUUUUCUUGGUGAAGCGAGUAUUAUGGGACAGUUUGACCAUCCAAACAUCAUCCACCUUGAAGGAGUAGUCACUAAAAGUAAACCAGUUAUGAUAGUGACAGAAUAUAUGGAGAAUGGCUCUCUUGAUACUUUUUUAAAGAAAAACGAUGGCCAGUUUACAGUAAUCCAGCUGGUGGGAAUGUUGAGAGGAAUUGCCUCCGGAAUGAGAUAUCUUUCAGACAUGGGUUAUGUCCACCGAGAUCUGGCUGCUCGAAACAUCUUAGUCAACAGUAACCUGGUCAGUAAGGUUUCUGAUUUUGGUCUUUCCCGAGUGCUGGAAGAUGACCCAGAAGCUGCUUACACAACAAAGGGAGGAAAAAUCCCAAUCAGGUGGACAGCUCCUGAGGCGAUUGCUUACCGCAAGUUCACCUCAGCCAGUGAUGUCUGGAGUUACGGAAUUGUCAUGUGGGAGGUGAUGUCGUAUGGAGAGAGACCUUACUGGGAAAUGACUAAUCAAGAUGUGAUAAAGGCUGUGGAAGAGGGCUACCGUUUGCCUACUCCCAUGGACUGUCCUGCCACCCUCUACCAGCUGAUGCUUGACUGUUGGCAGAAGGAUCGCAACAGCCGGCCGAAGUUUGAAGAAAUAGUUAGCAUCUUAGACAAAAUGAUUCGUAAUCCAUGCAGCUUGAAGAUGCUGGUUAACGCCUCCACCAGAGGAUCUAACUUACUAAUGGAGCACAAUACGAUGGGCUUCAGUGCGUACCGGUCUGUGGGAGAAUGGCUGGAGUCACUUAAGAUGGGUCAGUACACAGAAAAUUUCAAUGAAAGUGGAUACACCUCGUUGGAUGUGGUUACCAAAAUAACUCUGGAAGAUUUGAAGAGAAUCGGUGUGGGUCUUGCUGGCCACCAAAAGAAGAUAAUGAACAGCAUUCAGGAGCUUCGAGUUCUGUUUAUGAACGGCAUGAUGCCUGUGUGACACCCUCUAACUGCUUGAGCUGCUGCCAGCCAUUCAGCACUUUUGUCUUUCUCUGUGGUUAUUCCUGUGUGCUAAAGGGUGCAGGGGGGUGGGGGGAAGAAUGUCUGGACCAAGAGAAUGCAAUUAUUGCUCACUUUAUUGUUUCUGUAUUUGAAUUCACUAAUUGCUAAACCUUGAAAUCAUCAUCACUGGAAAACUAUGUGUUUAAGACAAAUCCAACAAGGGUUGUUGUUCAUCCACUUCCUUCCAUAACAAGCAGCACUGAACACCUUGGCACAAUUAUUCCCCUGUUAGGUGGCAAUGGUACCUGCAUUACAAGACUCUAAUUUUCUAUGGAGAACAUCUGAUUCUGUGUCAACUUCAAAUGAUCUAAAAAUGACAGUAGAUCCAUAAUAGUUAACGUAAGUUUGCUGUAUCAAGUUUUAAUGACCAACAGUUGUGUAUUGAAGAGCAAUAUUAUUAAGUUUACUACUUUGUAGUAAGUUGUUUUGUAAAUUAUAAGUGCAGUUAUAAUAUGCUAUAUUUAAUAAGUUAUAGAACGUAGUAUAUAAGGUCUUUGCUUGACUCGGUCUUGAUCAGUUUGUAUUUAUUGAUUAAAAAUGUUAGCACGUAAUGAAAUGUUAUUUGAAAACAUAUUUACUUUGCUCUUAAUAUUUGAAUUUUCAUCUGUAUAUAUUGUACAGUUUGCUACUGCAGGGUACAGACUUUUCUGUGUAACAAAUUAACUGUAUAAUUUGACUAAGAUGAGUGACACUUAACAUUUUAAUUUGAGGACCCUCCUUUGGUUCCAAAUGGUAUGAAGCUGAGAGCUGUAAUGUAAUACUGGUGUUAAUUUGGAUUGGUGAGAUUGCAUUGUAGGGAGAUAAAGAACCUUCAUUAACUGCAGUACUGAAGUAACAGUGUUACUCUUGCAUGUUAGCUUUAACUUGCCAGGUUACUGAAUGUGUGAUCCAGUAAUGGCAUAGCGAGCGGCACAUGGGACCUGGGUAAACUGGGCAAACUAUUUUGUAUUUCCUAAUCUAAUCAGAUUGAAAGAAUGAAACAUUACCAAUGCAAGAUCUGGGAAGAAUAUGUAUAUUAGGCUGGAUGAUUUUAAGUCAAUGCAGUUUAUAGAAAGAGGAAUACAAGUGUGGGAGCAACAGACUGGGUUAAUAAAGAUAAGAGAUACAACUAUGAACAUGUUUUUUACAUUUUUGAAAUCUCCACCCAAGUAAGUGUGGUAAUUGUUAGUGGUACCAGAGAAUUUGUUUAGCAGUAAUUUCAAUUCAAUGAAAGAGCCACCCAGAGUGAGAUGGAUAAGAAUUAAUAUUAUGCAGCAUUCAGUCUGUUCCACAACAUAAGUACAACUGUCUCAUUUCAUGCAAUGUAUUGAAGGGAUUCUGGCAGUGAGAAGGUUUUCUUUUGAAACCCAACAUCAGGGCAGCAGAACACAGUAGGACAAACUCUAACAAAUCUCCAGGACCUAAUGUUUCCCAACCCAAGGUCUGAAGGAAAGCAGGUGACAAAAUCACAGAUAAUCUUCUAAGGCAUUCUAUUUUGUAAUAGUCUCUUUAGGUUGGAAAAUUGCAUGAGUAAUUUUAUUAUUUAAAGAAAUGUAGAAGACAGAAAUUGGAAUAUUAUAUACACAUUGGUUCAACAUUUGUGCUGCAGAAGUUGAUGGGAACUGUAAUGACUAGCUGAAUGAUUCAGCAUAAAUGGAUUUCAUGAAGAAAGUAAAGUUGAUGGAGGAUGUAAGUUAUAUUGUGUACCAGAAGGCAUGUGAUAAGGGUCAUGUUUGAGAGGAUUGCGUAAAAAUAAGGUCUUUGGAACUGAAGGUAAGGUAUUGAUCAGUUUGAAGUAUAGAUAGGCAGUUGAAGGCAAAGAGUAAAAUUAAAUGGCUUGUGUCCAAAUAGGAAGGAAAACUUUUACAUAGAUUGUGAUCUGAUUGUGGGGACUCGUAAAAGAAUAUACAGUAGAGAGCUACACAGAGAUACAAAUGUGCUAAGUAGAUUGGAGCAUGAAAUUCACAAGAAAUUGAUAGGCUGAGCAGACAGUAUAUGGCAGAUAUCCUUAACACAAAUAACCGAAGUUGUUCGACUUGGUUCUACAGAAUUUAGAUUUAAAUUAUAUUAAUAUGGUAAAGGCUGUGAAGAGUGGAGGCUUAAUGAAACUUAGAACUCUGUAUGCAUUGAUUGACAUUUCCUGACAUUUCCAGGAUCUUGAUCGGAAUAAUAGAGACUAUGCUUUUGCACUUUGGAUAGUCUGAGAAAAGGAUGUAUACACUCACUGGUUAAUUUAUUAGGUACACUAACUUGUUUAUGCAAAUAUCUAAUCAGUCAAUCAUGUGGCAGCAACUCAAUGCAUAAGAAAAGCAAGCAGACAUGGUCAAGAUGUUCAGUUGUUGUUCAGACCAAACACCAGGGUGCAAUCCAAAUGACUUUGACAGCGGAAUGAUUGUUAGUGCCAUAUGGUGUGGUUUGAGUAUCUCAAAAAUUUCUGAACUUCUAGGAUUUUCACAAACAACAGUCUCUAGAGUUUACAAAGGGUGGUACAAGAAUCAAAAAUCUUCCAGUGAGCAGCAGUUAUGUGAGCUAUAAUGUCUUGAUAGUGCGUGAUGUCAGAGUAGAAUGGCCAGACUGGUUCAAGCUGACAGGAAGGUGACAGUAAUUCAAAUAACCACGUGCUUCAACAGUAGGGUGCAGAAGAGCAUUUCUAACACACAACACAUUGAACCUUGAAGUGGAUGGGCUACAGCAGCAGAAGACCACAACUCAGAGGAGGUACCUGGUAAAGUGACUACUGAAUGCAUUUUAACAUUGAAGUGCUUAGAAGUUAGUAAACCUGCGCUUCCAAAUCAGGCCAUGGAAUGUCCUGCCAUAAAAUGCAGCAAAUGCUAUUUCAAAUAAUCAUUUCAAAACCAAGAUCAAUAGCUUUCAUUGGUUGAGAUUGUUAUAAUAAAAUGACGACAGCUAGAUAAAAUUAGGAUACAGAACAGUCAUUAUCUCACUGUUGGCAAAACAAACUCAAAAGACCAAACAACCUGUUCUUGCUCCUGUGUUUAUACAUCAGUUAUAAAUUGCUGUCUAGAAAUUUGAAACUACAAAACAGAUGAACUCACUCAAUUAAUCUCCACUAAAAAAAAUAGCUACUGAGGGGCUCAUGAAGAACAAUAGCUAUGAUACUGGAUAAAUUCAGGCUUGCUGUUAAAAGACAAAUCAUCUCAUUAAGGAAAGCAAAGAUUAAUAUUAAUUUUCAAUUAAAAUGAUUUUAAAGGUAAACUCCAACACUAUAAAGGUUACAGUAUUUCUGCUUCUCAAUUUACUUGGCAAUGCAUAUUUUAUGUUCACCAUUGCAGAUAUUUUAAAAUGUGCUUUUAAAGGUUUUUUUCUCUUGGCAAGUCAGGACAGAUAUGCCAGUGAGUUUUAUGAUCUAAAGUAUGUUGAAAGAAAUUUCAAAACAUCCAAUUCUCUACAGUUGUCAGAGAAAUGCAUCAAAGAAGUUCACAUAUUCAUCAACUAGAGUUGAGAAUACUUUACCUUUGUAAGGUUUGACUGGUGAGCAUACCAGUAACCCAACUCCUCCACCACAAAGGUUUUUGGAGCCAUUUAAAGUCCUAUUAUCCAUACAGCUAUAGGUACUGACUGGAUCUAGAUUGGUUCUACAUUCAGUGUCUGAAGGUGAUAAGGCAAGGCUUAUCUAGAUGGUGCUGAGGUUCCAAACUUCUGAGGGUCAGCCAAAAUAUGCUACAAAGUAGAAUUAAAUGCUUGUCCUUACACAGCCUCUGAGUGCUUUAUUGCUUUUGAACUUCAUAAGGAAAAGCAUGGUGUAUGAGCACCUGACAUUACCUUCCUAGCCCUGAGUCAGUUAUAGGUCUUUGAAUUGCAUAUUAAAUGAGGCCUUUCAUCUGACACAGCUCCUUGUGAAUGUGCUAUCUGGUCAACCCUCAGUGUUUAUAGGACAUCAAGCUGAAUGAUCCAAUUUAUGCCAAUGAUCAUCCUAUUAAAAUGAUAAUUUGGCCCCUUUUCAUUCUGAAAAGCACAGAAACAUUUCCUUUAUAUUUGCUCUCUUCUUUUCAUUCGAGUAACUGUGGCAAUAAUGACAUCACCUAUUUGACCCAACACAAAUCAAUGCCAGUUCUGUGGAGAUGGUUGAUAGACAUCUCCACACCUGAGUUUUUCGCUCUCAAUCCAUAAAUUAUAAGUCAAGCUUUUAUCCUGCUGUGUUUUCUAUCUGGUUCAGUCUGUUCUGUGAAAACCACAUUGAUCUGAGACCUGCAUAAAUGGCCAUCCCAUUUAUGUAUUUAUGUGACUGACAGUCAGUCCCAGGGUUAGAAAAUGACCACCUCAUGCACAUGGGCCAGGCAGACAAACAUGCCAAUUGAGAGAGGGCUUGAAAUUGGAAGGAUUGCCUGUCCGCGUUGGACAGAAAGAUCAGUCCAACACCAUGGUGGCGACAAUGCAAUGGUCUAGUCCUUUGGUGAAGCCCCAUCUAGAGAAGACUGACAUAACUCACCUUCAUUGGUGUAAUGUCCAGCAUUCAGUUUAGCAUUAUCUGAGUUGAAUUCCUUGUGGACCAAUGCCAUGUUGGCAGAAAUGAUCAGACUUAAUGAAUAUAUGAGAGUAGGGAUAGUGCAAAAGUGGAAUAUAUUCCCAGAGUUGUGUGCACUUGGAGUGAAGGCAGAUUGUGGUACUGGUGUGGGGGAAGUAUUUUAAUGAAAAGAAUAAAGUGCAUGAUUAUUGGGAGAUUUCCUUUGAACUACUGCAAGAACAUGAAACUAUUUCUAUUGCUAACUCGAUCAUUUUGAAUUGUGCAUUAUCUUUGUGUUGAUGUUAUUAGGGUGCAUCGAGGAAUUUUUAAAGAAACGUAUAUUCACUUUUUUUAGGUGAUCUGUAAACUGAAACAGAAUACAGAUUAAUUCACAUGCAGCAAAGCAGCUUACAGUGGAGCAGGGUGAUCCAACCAACUGCACUUGACGCUUUCAGUUACUGGGUAAUAAGCAAACACAUAAACACUGUUAGAGUUGAGAUUUGCUUUUGGUUGUUUAUGACUAAAUUAAAUUUUAACAGCUUUAGCGUGCUUUAUUUAUUUUAAGAGCUGUAUCCGAACACAGUGUGUGUAUUUGUUUGUGUACAUGUUUUUGUAGUGUAAGAUAUGAGAUUUUAUAUUUUCAUAAAAAAUAAAUUUUUAUAUCAUUA